UACUUAGAGUUUAAAUGUCUUGAAUAAAUUCUACAAAACGGCUAAGUCUCAAGUCUUAAGUCUAGUUACGGCUUCGCAAUCGUCCUUUCCCCUCAUUAUGUUAGUCGGAUGCAGGUGUUCCUUAAACUCCCCCCUGUACCUUGUUUCCCCAUGCUACCUGGUUAGUUCCUUACCACGCUUAUCCCCCGGUUGCGUAAGGAUCUGGAAGCAAAUAUGGAAAGAAGCUUCGUUUCAAAUAGUUUUCCCGGUCCGUCGCGACUUUUGAUUCGCUCGUGUGACUAGCUAUGAGAUGGAUCAAGAAAGCUCGACCGACCUCACCUCGAUUUCUCUCAAUUUCUACUCUUUCCUUUUUCCUUUUCAUGUCAGCUUCUAACUGCAUCUCUCAUCUCUUCUUCAUCUCAACACUCGACAGCAAAUCACCAUCAUAGGCUUACACAAUCUACUCUCCAUUCUACAUUACCACACCCCCCCAUAUCAAUACACAAUAUUCAUACUGUGCGCAACUCUCAAGCUAGCAUUUCUGACGUCAUCAACAUGGCCGACAGCAACACCAAUGGCAUCGAGAAAGGAGCGAGUGAUGAAAUAACUGUGCCCGAGUCGCAAUCCAAUCCUCCAACUACUGUCAAAGAGCCCGUGAACGUAGGCAAAGAAUCCACGGUAGCAUCCAUUGCCACCAAUACUUCCGAUACCAAUGGCGCCGCAGCGCCUAAUUCCGAGUCCGCGUCUGAAAAGGACGCCACCACUAGCUCAAAGGAGGAGUUAACCGAGAAGUCGGAAGGCGCUGAUAAAUUGGCCUCACAACCCGAGGAGCCAGCCGAUUCCGCCUCUGCACCGGUGGACUCCACUAGGACGGAGACCACCACGGCUGAUGCGUCCUCGCUUGUCAAUGGCGAAGCCAAGGAGCCGCCUAAGCCCGUUUCAAUUGAAGAAGUCCAUGACCAAGAUAUGCCGGCCGCAGCCCUAUCACAACCCGCAAAGGUGUCCGAUAUUCCGCUAGUAGAAAAUGCAGGAAGUGAUGCGCCGAAGGCUGAUCCCGCUCCCGUUACUACCGAAUCUGGCAAACCGGAAGUCAACACCGGCGAGAAACGCAAGCCGAGCGAAGCUGAGGCAUCAAACGGUAGCGAUGCCCCUGAGGAGGCUUUGGAAGAUGCGCCGGCGGAGAAGAAGCAAAAGACUAACGGAGCUACUACCAACGGCCUACCUAAGAAAGCUGGACGCCCAAAGAAGAAUAAAACGGCAGCCCCGGCUGUAGGUAGAGCGGCAAGGAAGACGCGAAGCCAGGGGGCAGCCGAUUGAGCUGCUCGUAAUUAAAAAUAUGGACAAAACCGGUUCGUUCAUUUUCCUUCUCAUACGUCAACUUGGAUGAUGACCACAGGUCUCCAAACUUGGGAUAAUCUGGGGCGCUGUGGGGGUAUUGUUUUAUGAAGCUCAAAAGGCUCAUACUUGUGCCUAUGCUUUUUGUACAUAUUCGUUCUUGGACGAUAAAAACAAAUCCUCGAUCAGAACCAUUAUUUUUAUGAGAAAUUAAAUUAGUUAGUGAAUCCCCGUGGUCGUAGUUAUCUUGGUUCGUGUGUCUAAAUUUUAUAUCUUGAGUGUCCUUUCAGUAUAUCGGCGCCAGAAAUCAAAGCAUACCUAUGUUUCCGCCUUACAGCCGAUUUCUGUCUCGCCACCGAUACGCCUAUGGGUUUAAUUGAUAGUAGCCCGUAAUGCCGUCAACAGCGGAAGGCCCGAGGAUUGCACGCCCCCCACGCCGAUAAAUCUAUAAUAAGAUUCGAUCUCAUCGCGCCGGAUGAACAAAACUACUGGCCGACUCCUUGGCUAGCAUAACGAUGCUAUAUGUCAAGCUGCGGUUGCUAUAAUACCGGGCUUCUACUUGCGAGUCAGGGGUAUAGGCUAAACAUUCUCAGAAG